ACUGUGGUGGGGAGCGUGUUUCGGUUCGUGGGAAAUGACUUGAGUAUCGCAGAUUUUUAAAAUAUAAUGUGAAUUGAAAUUUAUAUAUUAUUACUUAAACCUCCAUGUAUCGAUCUUUAACGUAUAAUAUUAGUUUUUAUUAAUCAAUAAUCAAUAUUUAUUAGUAAAUUCAUGUUUAUAGUCUAUCGCAUAUCGAAAUAUCGCCACUGCGCCUUAACGAAUUGUUUUUAUUAUUGAUAUUUUUUAUUGUCGUGUAAAUCACGAAAAUCAAUGCCUAAUUUCGAUAAUAAAUAAACAAAGACGUGCUUUAAGUGUCUGAAAGCUCAAUUAAGUGAUUCUUUAACUAUUAAGUGAAAAAAAUAAAUAAAAAAUAGUCGCGUUUGCGGAGCUAAUAAAUAAUUUGAAAAUCGAAUUACAAGAUGUCUGACGCUCAUGCGGAGCCAAAUCAACAUAGGAAGGAGAGUGUUGCAACUGCUAACGUUCCUAGUGAUAGCCCAGUUACCGAUCCUGGUCAGGUUCGUGGCGGGAAUACCGAUGGUUCAGCCGGGAAGUUCGAAGGUCAACGAGUGAAGUCCGGAGCAUUGAAGAAGUCUGCAAGAUAUAGAAGUAGAUCUUUGUCGGCUUCGUCUGCAGAUUCGUACAGUUCAACAUCUUAUACUGGGUCAUCUUCCGAUGAAGAUGAAGGAGUCCAGCCCCACGAGAAAGCCAUAGCCGCUGGUCAACCAAAUCCACCAUACUGUGUUCGCAAUGUGGAACAGCACGCCUUCGGUAGGAGGGAGAUACAAAUAGCUGAGCAGGAGAUGCCUGGUAUCAUGGCUUUGAGGGCCAGAGCUAAAGACGAUAAACCUCUAAAAGAUGCUAAGAUCGUAGGCUGUACUCACAUCAACGCUCAAACAGCUGUCCUCAUAGAAACGCUAGCAGCAUUAGGCGCUACAGUUCGUUGGGCCGCCUGCAACAUAUACAGCACUCAAAACGAAGUUGCCGCCGCUUUAGCACAUGCAGGCUUUGCAAUAUUCGCGUGGCGCGGUGAGAGCGAGGAGGCGUUCUGGUGGUGCAUCGACCAGUGCAGUACACCCACCACCGCCUGGCAACCGAAUAUGAUCUUGGACGACGGUGGAGACGCCACGCAUCUGAUGCUCAAGAAACACGCCACAGCCUUCAAGCAAAUUAAAGGUAUAGUGGAAGAGAGCGUGACGGGCGUCCACAGGCUGUACCAGCUCAGCAAGGCGGGCAAGCUCUGCGUGCCAGCGAUGAACGUCAACGAUUCAGUCACGAAGACUAAGUUCGACAAUCUCUACUCUUGUCGGGAGAGCAUCAUAGACGCUUUAAAACGCAGUACGGAUCUUAUGUUCGGCGGGAAGCAAGCGGUCGUGUGCGGGUACGGGGAGGUGGGGAAGGGGUGCUGUCAGGCGCUGAAGGCCUUGGGAUGCGUUGUGUACGUUACAGAAAUAGAUCCGAUAUGCGCGCUGCAAGCGGCCAUGGACGGAUUCAGAGUGGUCAAGUUGAAUGAGGUAAUAAGGCAAGUGGACAUCGUCAUAACUGCAACGGGCAAUAAAGGCGUCGUCACACGGGAACACAUGGAGCGAAUGAAGAACGGGUGCGUCGUGUGCAACAUGGGGCACAGCAACACGGAAAUAGACGUGCACUCGCUGAGGACGCCGGACUUGCUGUGGGAGAGGGUCAGGAGUCAGGUGGACCACAUAAUCUGGGGCAACGGCAAGCGCAUCGUGCUGCUGGCGGAGGGGCGGCUCGCCAACCUGUGCUGCUCGUCGCUGCCGUCCUUCGUGGUGUCCGUGACGGCCGCCACGCAGGCGCUGGCGCUCAUCGAGCUCUACAACGCGCCGCAGCACCGCUACAAGGCAGACGUGUACCUCUUACCGAAGAAAAUGGACGAGUACGUAGCAAGCUUACAUCUACCGACGUUCGACGCUCACCUGACGGAACUAACGGACGAACAGGCGAAAUACCUAGGUCUUAACAAAGUGGGGCCGUUCAAACCCAACUACUAUAGGUAUUAAUCUAGACCGACUGCCUAGAUUCGCUUCAGCUUCUAGUUUUUCACUGGGGUACAAAUUAUUUUUUUAAGUGUCGAUAAUUUGUAAAA